CGUCUCAGAGAUGCCCGACAGUGGACUGACAUAUAAUAAACCAUACGUUUUAUUCGAUCAUAAUACUGUUUAUGUGAAAUAUAAUAAUAAAGAAACCGUGUCAGUGCUGUGGGCGUGUUGAUGUGUGUUGGCACCGCCCACUUUGUUUAACACGCGAGUUCAGGUGAGUGUGUGAUUACACAGAACAACUGAACAUCAGUGUGUGAGAUUCUGUAUUAAACAGAUAAAGAAAUGAACAGAGAGAAGAGAAGGACAGCAGAAAGACUGCACACUUCUGCCAACAAUGUUGAUGAUGGACUAAUGAAGAAGAUUGGCUCCGUGUUGUCAACGCUACAGGAGAAACUCCACAGACACAAGAGCAGCCAUGAUUCGGCCUCACAUCAGUCAGUAACCGCGCCUGCAGCGCCCCCGUCUGGCCGUGACAGGAAUUACACCGGACAGCUGUUCUUCGAGUAUCUGCUGGUGGUCAGUCUGAGGAAGAAGAGUCAUGAGGAAGGUUACGAGCCGCACAUCACUUACCAGUUCCCAAAGCGUGACGUGAUGCGACGUUCACAGCGAGAGGAAGAGGAGAAGUGUAUGAAAGCUGCUCAUCUCUUCUGCUUUCCGGAAGGAAUCAACUGGGCUCCUUUAACAGAAUACAGAAGUGAAACAUUCUCGUUUGUUUUGACUGAAGUCGACGGUAGCAGAAGAAACGGUUAUUGCAGGAGACUGCUGCCGGAUGGUAAAGCAGCUCGUAUACCUGAAGCGUACUGCAUCAUCAGCCGUGUGGCGUGUUUCGGACUCUUCUCUAAGAUAUUUGAUGAGGUGGAGAAGAGGCGGCGGGUCUCCAAGGCGAUGAUCUAUCCGUUCAUGCAGAGUCUGCGAGAGGCGCCGCUGCCCGCGCCCGGAAAUACCGUCAAAAUCACCAGCUUCAUCCCAGAUUCUGGAACUGAGAUCAUCAGUUUAACGCGACCCGUCCAAUCGUGGCUGGAACACGUGGAUUUCCAAACGCUCUUCCGCUGUCUGACGGAUGAACAGGUGCUGCUGGUUUUUGCCGCCACUGUGAUGGAACGACGAAUCGUCUUCGUCUCUGAAGAGCUCAGUACUCUCUCUCAGGUUCUUCACGCUGUAGCCGCUCUGUUGUAUCCGUUCGUUUGGCAGCACACGUUCAUUUCAAUUAUUCCUGAAGUAUUGAUCGACGUGUGCGCGGCGCCGACGCCGUACCUGCUGGGAGUCCAGAAGAACAUGCUGGAACUCAUCACGGACCGCAACGACUUGCUGAUUGUCGAUUUGUCAACUGAAGCCAAAAACACAUUCAUCUGUAGAAUUGGAGACGAGGAGUCUAUACUGCCCAACAAACUCAAAGAGGAGCUGUUGCUCGCCCUGUCUGCUCGCAAACACAACACCUGUACGGAGGAUCUGAACCGGCUGGUGUCAGAAGAGUUCCUCUCGUUCUUCAUCCAGACCGUCGGUCAUGUCUCUCAACACGUGAAGCGCUGCGGGAACACACGACAGUUCCAGAGGAAGUCCUUCCUGAAGUCCGUCCAACACAAAUCACAUCUGGACUUCAUCAAACUCUUCAUCCACACACAGAUGUUUGAUGUGUUCCUACAGGAGGAGGAGACGCAACCCAACCCAAACGGAGUGUUCCAGAAGAAACUUUCAGAGUGUCAUGGGAGGAAGAAGAGAGAGAAGACUAAAACACGAUGGGUGCAAAGUUUUGUGGUGUGACGUCAUUUAAUCCAUUACAGCAUCAAACCUCUAGUACCUGUAUUUCAUGUUUUA